AUGCCUCUCAUUGCACUUCUCCUCUGCAUCCUCUUCCAUGUCGUUCACUCCAAAAUCCUUCUGCCUGGACCCUCCGGACCCUGCCAGGUACACAUCAAAUCAACGGAACUAGUCGAUACCUCGCGGGUCGACCCUUACAGUCCCAAGCACGAUGUCCGAGCUAUCAUGGUUAGCACAUUCGCGCCCAUCCACUGCGGCGAGGUGCACUACAUGCCCUACAUACCCCCGCGAAUCUUCCCAGAAGCCAGCCGAAGAAUGAAGCUCCCAAAUAGCACCCUGAACAUCUUCGAGCUGCCCUCAUUUGCGCCCUCUGAGGACCAUCACAACGACACUCAAAAAUAUCCCGUCAUCCUGUUCUCGCCAGGGAUGGGCAGCUCUCGACUCAUCUACGCCAACAUCCUCGAAGAAGUCGCUAGUGCGGGCUUUCUGGUUAUCUCCAUUGACCACCCACACGAUGCCGCUGCUGUUGAAUUCCCGGAUGGACAUGUCAUCUCCAUGAACCCAAAUAUACCACACAACGUUCCAUUAGCCCUGGAGACUCGCGUUGGUGACGUCAUUUUCACCCUGAACCAACUUCAACGCAACAUCCAAUCCAUAUUACCCUCAUCUUUCUCCAGAAAGCUAUACUUGGAUAAUGUAGCCGUCGUCGGCCACUCAGAAGGCGGCGCAACCGCCGCAGCCACAAUGUUCAACGACACCCGUUUUGCAGGAGGCAUCAAUCUCGACGGCAGUCUAUUUGGUCCCGUCGUGCAAAAAGGACUCGACCGCCCAUUAAUCAAUAUCGGUGAUCCACAUCUGGCAAAGGAACAGCAUUGGGCUUGGGAUGUGAUCUGGUCGCGUCUGCGUGGCUUCAAGCUUCAAUUGCGGAUCAAUGAUAUCAAGCAUCUGGGCUUUACUGAUCUGCCGCUGGUGUUUGAUAGUGCUCCGAAUGCGAAGGCGCUUCGUAAUGAGAGUGCGGAGCAUUUGGGGUCUUUGCCUGGUUUGGGCACGCUGCCUGGGUUAAGGGUUAGGGCGAUUCUGGCGGAGUAUAUCACGGCUGCUUGUGGGUUUUUUGUCACGGGGAAGAAAUCUGACCUGUUAAAUGGGCCGUCUCCAUUGUAUCCGGAGGUUGUAUACGUGAGGCAAUAG